AGAAUAGAAGUUGCGUAGUUCUAGAGAAGGUAUAGGUUUAGGUAACCUUGUUACCUCGCGACACUAGAUUAUAGGUCCAGACCACGACGUCACGAUUUGUUAUGAUUAGACUUUGCUGUUUCAGCACUUCUUCCGCCGAGGAGUCAGUUGACUGGGAGUUCUUGGGAGUUUUACGAUCUAACCAGUCCGGUGACACCGCGAGAGUGAUAGUGAAAGCCGCAGAGAGAGAUAGUGAAAGAGGAUCGCCUACUACUAUGGCUCCGUUGCAGUUCGCGGUGUACUGGCGUCUCGCGCUCAUAUUCUUCUUCAUGGCGUUUCUCUUCUUCCUCGACCUCUUCGCCGUUAGCAGAGCAACCUCCUCGUGCAAUAACGUCCCGGGUGAGUUACCGGCCGCUAGUCGAACCUUUGGAGAAGUAUCUUCUAGUGCCCAUACACAGAACUGGACUACAUGGGAGGUGCGCGAGGUAAACGGAUCAGUUUUACAGGUAUUGUUACCGCAACAGGAUGAGAUUACGGGUGGGAACGACACGGAAAGAGAGAAUGGUACAGUGUGUAUGGAUCCGGAGGUGAUGUCGUACAGUCAGACCAUCUACAUGACUGGCCUUCUGCUGGGAUCUCUGUUCGGAGGAGCUCUCUCUGACAGGUACGGUAAGCGAGCAGUGCUGCUGGUGUGUGUGUGUGUUAAUGCCGUGACUGCUGUGCUGCCGGCAGUCCUUCCUCACGCCCUCCUCUUCCUCACCCUGCGCUGUUUGGCCGGGGUCUCCUGCUGCUGUAUCAAUAUCUGCAGCUUCAGCCUGGGUGUGGAAUGGAGUCUUCCCAGGUAUCGUAUUUGGCCCCCGGCCCUCCUGUCCUUCUCCUUCAGCCUGGGUAUGAUGGCGUUGGCACCGCUGGCGUACCUUACACACACCUGGACACAGCUACACCUGGGACUGGCCGUACCACAGAUCCUCUGUCUGCCUCUCUACUAUUCUAUUCCUGAGUCUCCUCGCUGGCUGCUCCUGAAGAGGAGAGCAGAGACUCUGGAGGCGUAUAGGAGACACAGUCCUGAGGACAAACGCUUUCUAGACCUGUUGUUGGACACAGAGGGGAAGGACCUGCAGGAAGUCCACCUGGAGACACACACACUGGAGACUGGCACACCUGACAAUAAGACACACCCACUUGAGACUGACACACCUGACAGUGAGACACACACACUGGAGACUGACACACCUGACAAUGAGACACACCCACUUGAAACUGACACACCUGACAAUAAGACACACACACCGAAGGCAGACACACAAACAUGGGAGGAACACACACUUUCCCAAUGCGGACACAUGAGAAGUCCCACCAUCCUACUGCGCCUGGUCAUCUUGAGUUACAUUGGGCUAGCAUCAGCCCUGACGUACUACGGUAUCUGUAUGAAUGUCGGGCGGUUCGGGGUGGAUGUCUUCCUGGCUCAGUUCUUCAGCGGCCUAUCAGAGGCUCCCUGCCUGCUCGUCCCAUUCCUAUUGGCUCGCUGGGGCAGACGCCCAAUCAGCAUGCUAUCCCUGUUCCUCAGUGGCUCCUUCUGCCUGCUGUCCCUGCUCGCAUCACGCUUCUACGCUGUCCCAGGGUUGGUGAUAACUCUGGCCCUGGUGGGGAAGCUGUGUAUGCAGACCACUGUGUUUGUCUCUGUACUCUACGGCAUCGAACUCUUCCCUACGCUCAUCAGACAGAAGUGUGUGGGCUUGGUGUGUCUGUGUUACAGGGUGGGCUGUAUCCUGAAUGCGGUGAUCAGUCCUAGAGGAGAAACCAUCCCAUUGGCCGCUAUGAUCCUUUAUGGGAGUGGCCCCAUUGUUGGGGCGGGACUGUGUCUGUUUCUACCGGAGACCAGUGGUGUGCCGCUCCCUGAUUCGCUGGAGGACUGUGACAGACAGCCCAGUCUUCAUCUACCAACCUUCCCUUCCUUUUGGUCUUCAGAGGGUGCUCAGCGGAUGCCCCAGCUGACAAAGCCUGUCCAUUCCUGGGAGACACAGACCCAGAGAAGCCCUCCCACAACCCACAGGAUCUCAACUGACUCAAACUGCACAUACUCGCACACACACACCACAAACACACACAUGCUGUAGAUACAUGUAUUUGAAGGUCCAUGGUGCUCAGUUGGUACAGAACACAAUAAACUUGGAGGUACUACCUGAACUUAAUAAACAUUGUAAUACAGUUUGCGAUGUUGUGCCCUACUGAACACGACCCUGGUUCUAGUGUUUUAUAGGUUUGAUCCUGUAUCUCCCACAGCCUGUAGAGGCUUGCUGAGAGCGUGUUUAAACACAGACCUGUCUGUGAGAUGUGAGGAAACAUUGCUAAUGUAGCAUUGUAUAAACAGCUCUGCACGAA